CAAUUUCAAUCACACCAAAUCACGACCGAUUCAGCCGAUUCACAAACAUUUUUUCUCUCCUUUCUGUGGUCCCCAGCCUAACCCGCCAAAAUCACACAAGAAAAAAGUCACUAUUCAAUUCGAUUUUCAUGACCGCCAAAAACACACACAUAACAAGUGAGUAUCUUAUUCCAUUGGCGGGAAAUCCCAAAAAAAAGCCCUCCAAAAAUUAAAGAGAGGGAAAUUCCGAAAUGAAUUUCAAAAAUUAAAAAUAUCUUUUUAUCUUUAAUAUAAACCUAACCCUAAGAGACCCCAAAACAGAAAAAACUAAGUCUCAUCCUCCCUCUUCUUCCUCCUCAUCUCCGCCUACAGGGUGUUCGACAAAAUUCUCCACUGAAGAAUUAUUUUCAUUUCUUAGAUAAAGAUGUAUGUUGUUAAGAGAGAUGGUCGUCAAGAGACGGUUCAUUUCGAUAAAAUCACAGCGAGAUUGAAGAAACUAAGUUAUGGUCUAAGCGUUGAACACUGCGAUCCAGUUCUUGUUGCACAGAAAGUAUGUGCUGGUGUUUACAAAGGUGUUACUACGAGUCAACUUGAUGAACUUGCUGCUGAAACUGCUGCCGCCAUGACUGCUAAUCACCCAGAUUACGCUUCGUUGGCGGCCAGGAUUGUUGUUUCGAAUCUGCAUAAGAAUACGAAGAAGUCGUUUUCUGAGACGAUUAAGGACAUGUACAAGCAUGUAAAUGAUGGUUCUGGAUUGAAGGCUCCUCUUAUAGCUGAUGAUGUUUAUGAAAUAAUCAUGAAGAAUGCUGAGCUCCUGGACAGUGAGAUCAUAUAUGACAGAGAUUUUGACUAUGACUAUUUUGGUUUCAAAACCCUUGAAAGAUCUUACCUGUUGAAGGUUCAAGGGAAGGUUGUAGAAAGGCCACAACAUAUGUUGAUGAGGGUUGCUGUUGGAAUCCACAAAGACAAUAUUGAUUCUGUUCUCAAAACUUACCAUCUUAUGUCACAGCGUUGGUUCACCCAUGCUUCUCCAACUCUUUUCAAUGCAGGGACACCAAGGCCUCAAUUGAGUAGCUGCUUCCUUGUGUGCAUGAAAGAGGACAGUAUUGAGGGAAUAUAUGAUACUUUGAAGGAGUGUGCUGUUAUUAGUAAAUCUGCUGGAGGAAUUGGAGUUUCUGUACACAACAUCCGUGCCACUAGUAGUUAUAUUCGUGGUACUAAUGGAACAUCUAAUGGAAUUGUUCCAAUGCUACGAGUAUUCAAUGACACUGCUCGUUAUGUUGAUCAAGGAGGUGGCAAGAGGAAAGGUGCAUUUGCUGUUUAUCUGGAACCAUGGCAUGCUGAUGUUUUUGAGUUCUUGGAUCUAAGGAAGAAUCAUGGAAAGGAAGAACAACGAGCUCGUGAUUUAUUUUAUGCUCUUUGGGUUCCAGACCUCUUUAUGAAAAGAGUUGAAGAAAAUGGACAGUGGUCAUUGUUCUGCCCUAAUGAAGCUCCAGGUAUGGCUGAUUGUUGGGGUCAGGAGUUUGAGGAUCUGUACACGCGAUAUGAGAGAGAGGGCAAGGCAAAGAAGGUUGUCUCAGCACAGAACUUGUGGUUUGAAAUUCUGAAAGCCCAGAUAGAAACUGGAACCCCUUAUAUGCUGUUCAAGGACACUUGCAAUAGAAAAAGCAACCAGCAAAAUCUCGGGACUAUUAAGUCCUCAAACUUGUGUACAGAGAUUAUUGAGUACACAAGUCCCACUGAAACUGCUGUUUGCAAUUUGGCAUCUAUUGCACUCCCACGAUUUGUAAGAGAAAAGGGUGUUCCAAUUGAGUCGCAUCCAUCUAAGCUGGUUGGAAGUAGAGGUUCAAAAAGUCGUUAUUUUGAUUUUGACAAGUUAGCAGAGGUUACUUCAAUUGUUACUAAGAAUCUCAAUAAAGUAAUUGAUGUUAAUUACUAUCCGGUUGAAACUGCAAAGAACUCAAAUUUACGACACAGGCCCAUUGGGAUUGGAGUACAGGGCCUUGCUGAUGCCUUCAUUUUGCUUGGAAUGCCAUUCGAUUCUCCAGAGGCUCAGCAGUUGAACAAAGAUAUAUUUGAGACUAUAUACUACCAUGCGCUGAAAGCUUCUUCUGAGCUGGCUGCAGUAGAAGGCACAUACGAGUCAUACCAAGGAUGUCCUGUCAGCAAGGGAGUUCUUCAGCAUGACAUGUGGGGUGUAGCAGGAUCAGAUAGGUGGGAUUGGACUGCCCUUAGGGAAAUGAUAUCCAAGAAUGGAAUUAGAAACUCUCUACUUGUGGCACCCAUGCCUACUGCUUCAACCAGCCAGAUUCUUGGCAACAAUGAAUGCUUUGAGCCAUAUACCUCCAAUAUCUAUAGCCGCAGAGUUUUAAGCGGUGAAUUUGUUAUAGUGAACAAACACCUUCUCCACGACCUAACUGAGAUGGGUCUCUGGUCUCCUUCACUGAAGAACAAGAUAAUUUAUGAGGAUGGUUCAAUAGUCACGAUGUCAGCUAUUCCUGAUGACCUCAAAGCUAUUUACAAGACCGUAUGGGAGAUUAAGCAAAGGACUUUGGUUGACAUGGCUGUUGAUCGUGGGUGCUACAUUGAUCAGAGUCAGAGCCUAAACAUCCACAUGGAUCAACCUAAUUUUGGAAAACUUACUUCCUUGCACUUCCAUGCCUGGUCCAAGGGUCUGAAAACUGGGAUGUACUAUCUAAGAUCGCGUGCUGCUGCUGAUGCCAUUAAGUUUACUGUCGAUACAAAUAUGUUAAAGGACAAACCUGUUGUGGUGGAUGAUGACCUUACUUCUAAGAUGGCACAAAUGGUUUGUUCAUUAGAGAACCGAGAUGAAUGCAUGGCUUGCGGAAGUUAAGUUUAUUUCUUUCUUUCACUUAGCCUUGCUGAGGGAGUGCUGAUGAUGGGCAGAACUGCAACAUUAUAUAGUCAAGGGUGAGGCUUGCUAUUACUACUAUACCGAGUGCUGUCUUUGAAGUUCAAAAAGAAAAGCUGAAAAUAAAUGGGCUAUAAUGAGUUGUGAUGUAGCCAAUUUCUACUGUGUUUGUGUAAUCUAAGUAUGAAGUCGGGAGUAACCAGUAGUGUGUGUAUAUAUGUAGUUUGUGUUUUGAGCAUUUGAAUCUUUAUGUUUAACUUGGUAAUGACUAUUAUUAUUUGUUCUUAUAAUCAUAAUGUCUUUACUUCAAAGUGUUUUCAUUCUAAA